CUGGGUAUAUAUAUAUAUGUUGUCUAAAAGCAGAUAUUUGCUUUAUUUUAAAGUAAACAAGUUGUGCACCUAUGAUAUUCAUUAUACAUCUUUCAUUCGGAUGUUUCAUUACUUAUUCAAUAAUUUUCUUUUAACUCUGGUUUAAAGAUUCAAAACUUUAAAAGAAUACAGAUAUAUUUCUAUUGUAUGAUAAAAUGUUUACCACAAGGAUGGUUGACACACCAUUAUCUAAUGUUAAAUUAGGUGCGAUCAAAGGCAAAGGCCAGAAAAUGAAUGAAGAAAGGCAACCCCUGCUGGUCAGCAGCAAUGACAUUUCCAAUGACAAUUAUGAAAGUAAACUACCAGUUGAAAAUGAGAGAGAAGAAUCACUCAUAAAUUUGCCGCCUGAAGGUGACUAUGAUCCUCUUCUUAAUAGGCAGCUUGAACAUCCCACUACGAACCUUGACACAAUGAUCCACCUAAUAAAAGGGAAUAUAGGAACUGGUAUACUGGCCAUGCCUGAUGCUUUUCUCAAUGCAGGGCUUGCUCUUGGUACGUUUGGUGUUUUACUUAUAGGAGUUAUUUGUACUCACUGUAUGCAUAUGUUGGUACGCUGCGCCCAUGAACUAUGCAGAAGAAACAAAACUCCAUCUUUGGGAUUCUCUCAAGUAGCUGAACUUUCUUUUCAGAGUGGACCAGCUUGUCUUCAGAAACAUGCAAAAAAAAUCAGGAUUGCGGUAAAUGUGUUUCUAGUCAUUACACAACUCGGUUUCUGCUGUGUAUAUUUUGUGUUUGUAGCGAAGAACUUGCAACAAGUUACUGAGCAGUACACGUCUGAUGUUCCUUCUUAUGUAUUCCUCCUUGUUCUCUUACUCCCUAUGAUUGUCCUAAACUGGGUUACUAACCUUAAAUACCUUACACCUGUAUCCCUUUUUGCAGCUAUCCUUACUGCUACUGGACUCGCAAUCACUUUCUUUUAUAUUCUACAAGGAUUGCCGAGGACUAAUACUGUGAAGAUGUUUGCUCCAUGGCAUCGUCUUCCCCUUUUCUUUGGAACAGCCAUUUAUGCAUUUGAGGGAAUAGGCAUCGUGCUCCCUCUUGAAAAUAAUAUGAAGAACCCGGAAGACUUUGGUGGCUUGACUGGUGUUUUAAAUACAGUAAUGGUGAUUGUAGCUUGCUUGUACACGGGCGUUGGAUUCUUUGGUUACCUACGUUAUGGUGAACAUGUGAAAGGAUCUAUCACUUUAAAUAUUCCUCAAGAUGAAAUAUUGGGACAGUCCGUUCGACUAAUGAUGGCUAUUUCCAUCUUCCUUUCGUAUGGUCUUCAGUUCUACGUACCUGUAGGUAUAAUUUGGUCGUCACUAAAAAAGAAGGUCCCUCCGGAGAGUCAUAAAAAAGUUGAACUUGGCUUGAGAACUGUACUAGUUUUGUUUACUUUUUGUAUCGCAAUGGUUGUUCCUGAUUUAGGUGUUGUUAUCUCUUUGGUUGGUGCAGUCAGCAGUUCAACACUUGCUUUGAUUUUCCCACCAAUUUUAGAAUUAGUGACAUUUUGGAAUCACGGCCUCACGACUUCGACGUACCUAAAAGAUUUGGCUAUUUUAUUAUUUGGUUUAGUCGGUUUUGGUUUUGGUACGUACGUAAGUGUUCAUAACAUAUUGUAUCCACCUCAUAAUUGAUGAGGUUAUUUAGGGUACUUUUAUACCCUUUUAUUUUAAAGCAAUUUUACUGUCUCAGAUUUAUUUAUGCUUUAACUGUGAUAUUUGGUGUAUAAAAUAAUGUAUUAAGUAUUUCAAUGUACAAAAUAAGAUCUAUUUUAUUAAUUCUGAGCAAUUAUUUGAAAAAUAUUUCUUUUAUUAAUUCAAUUUUAUUUAAAAUAAUUUUGUUUCGGUUAUUUAUUAAAAACAGUUAUAUGGAUUGUUUUUUAAUUACUCUCGCUCGAAAAGACAAUUGGCUUAAAGCAAUGACUUUAAUGUAAAUUAAGAAGUCUCAAAAGUUAAUGUUAUUAUUAUUCAGUAUUAUAAUAUACUUUGACAAUUUUAAGAAACAGGUGAUAAAUAGUUUACAGCGCUAUAUUUUACGAGUUAGUUAUGAUUUAAUUAUCAAAUUAAUUAGUCUAUAUUGAGUAGUGUUUUUCACUCUCAAUUGUUGCUAUAAGGCAAGAAAUUGUAACAAUGAAAAAAUUGAUAACAUUUAUUUUUUUCUUG